UUAAAGCCAACUUAGCUUGUCAUUCUCGACUCUCUCGGUGAGAGUUUUCGAAGCAUUUUCAUCGAGGUCAAUAAAAACAAAGGGGAAAGUUGAGAGAAUUUCGAACAUAAGAUUAAAACAAGACUAAGCAAUAGCUGUUAUUACACUUAUCAACGGUUUGAUAUACAAACGAGGCGAAAGGGUCAAUUUUGCUUUGUAUCGACCCUUUCGCCUCGUUUGUAUGCGUUUUUAAACAGGGCUCAACUGUAAUAACAGCUCUUAAAAAUUUGGGAAUUGUAGUUCUGCGGGACAGGGUGCGGGAUUGGGGACGAGCCAUGUAAUGAAAUUUCAUAAGCCAAUGGUCAAGCCCUAUUAAGACGAAUUACCAGAGACUCUCUUAGGAGCGGAUCAUAUAGUUCUCGGAAAGCGAUUUAACUAUUAUAGAAAAUGAUUUUGAGGGUCAACUUAAGCGAUUACACUGUGUAACUUGAAGAUGACUCAAGGCAACUCAGUUGUCUUAGCUGCAACUCAUAGCCGGACUACAUGUAUUAAUCGAUAUUAAGGUAUAAAUUCGGUUUCUGUUCGGCAAAUCCUCUUUGCUUUUGAAAGUUGUUUUCUGGUGAAAGUAACCAAAUUUAUGAGAAGACUGACAGGACCUGACAGUAUCAUAUGAAAAUGUAAAACGAUUUUUAUAUAAAUUCUCGCUGCUGCAAAGAAUAUUCUAGGCGGACAGCGCGUCCACUCGCAUUAUAAGGUCAAAAGAGGGCAACACAUGUUCCCAUAAUCUGGAAGAUUUGGGCCAAUCAAUGUGAUAUGCUUUAUUUAGGGUUCCAAUCUCCGAAUGUUACGAAACACAGGUCAUAAAUUUAUAAAUAGCGUGACUUAUUCAAUAGAGCGUAAAUAAAAAGUCGUGACUUCCGCCAUCCAUGCGACAUGAGAACAAUAGUUACAGGAUUAUCAUUGCGAAGUAAUUGCUUCGUUAAGCGUUAACAGUUUGCGAGUGGACCAAUUUAAAUAAGGUAAUCGUUCCGUGUCAAACAGAGAAACAGUUAAGGUUCGCUGAUUAGCAUUGACAGACCACGCAAAGCUUGUUAAAAUGAACGAAAGCAGUCCUCAGGUAAGGCGACAAAGUCAGGCACGCCGCUACAGCCGAACUCUGUCGGAUGAAAGCGGACAAGGGAGAAACGAAAAUCUGCGUCGAGUGUCAGUGGACAGUUCCCAAAGCAGACAACGUCGUCUUUCGGUGGAGAGUGUGAAGAGCGAGCGCAAAUACUCCCAAGAUGGUGCCUCACGAAACAUUUCUGUCCCUGGCGCAAGACGAAUUUCAGGCGCGUCGUAUUUCAGCAGUUGGAAGAAGCCGGCAGAAACAACCGUGAAAGAUGACAAAAAACGAUGCUUCGAGAAUACAUACCGUAUGGAGCCAAAAAUUCGUUUUCCUGAAGGAAAGGUCCGAGCAGUGAUCAAAGAGGCUUUGGAGACGUUAGCUUCACACACGUAUAGCGCUAAUCACUCUCCGUUUGUUGCCAAAUUGCUGAGCGCUCGCGUGUUGGAAAACGUUAAACAGCUAAAUAUUGAGCGAUACAAAGUGGUUUGCCUGGUUACUAUAGGAUCCAAGGAGAGGCAAGGACUGAGGAUAGCGAGUCGCUGUUUGUGGAAUGAUCAGUUUGAUACGUAUGUUACCGCUUGCUUUGAAGAAGAACACUUCUUUGCUGUAGGAACUGUAUAUGGCGUUUAUUACGAGUAACAAAAGAGCCAUGUUUUGGAGAUAAACACCCAGGAAAAACACCCGGUGUUUUGCAAUCGGUGCUGUACUAUCUGUUAUCAGGAAAUUCAACACUGUUAUCUGAUGAGUUGUUUUGAGAAUUCGUCUUCUUUCACUACAACGAUUGACCUCAAACACAAACAUCGAUCUAUUGUAAACUUCUCAUUGCACUUUCAUCCACUUUUUCCCACAAAUGAAUCAUACGGAGUCGGGAGAAUCUACCGUUCCAUCCGUCACCUUGGGAACCAGCAAAACAGUUCAAAGUGAAGUAACUCGAUCUUGGUAAGAAGAUUGUGAAAUUCAACCUUAACCUGACAUUUUUUUAAAAUGCUUUUAUUAUUCGCUUGCUUAUGGUUUUUAUAUUGCUAGCCAUGUGUUAUUAAAGCGAGAAUAAACAUCUUUAGCUUGUAUAGUUACAGGAAGAUAAUUGUUCGACAAUGGCCGCUCACAGCAGGGCGAAGUCUGUGAUAAUUACUGUAUAAUCACUGUGCGGGCAUUCAAAAGAAUUAUUAAACAAGGUUACGGGUUUUAUCCACGUCGGCAACUUAACACCUUUGUCGAUACGUUGUUAUUGAUCACGAACGUAUUAAAAGACAACAUUAUUUCUAAUCUGUAAACAAACAUGUGUUAAGCCUGGCGUUGUCAAGGUCAGUUCAUUUCGAUGAGUUGAACAAUUACAUCGAAGUUUGAUAAUAUUAGCGUGAGAGAAAUACUCAGAAAUAUUUUUUUUCGUAGUCUAAGUUAUUUGUUAACGAUUGCUUGUUAGCCUUGGCUCUCUUUUUGGGAGUGUUAGUGUGCAAUAAAAAACAAAAAACAAAAACAAAAAACUGGCACAGUGGACAAGGGAAUCAUCAAAAUGUUUCAAUUCAAUUUAAGCCAAAAGCCUAAAGGCUAACCGGUCGUGUGAAUAAUGUAUGGAUGGGCGUAAUCCCAAAAUAAAUAUUUCACAAGAAAUGAAUAUGUCAGGCAAUAACCAUUGUUUAUUAUAUGGCUGAUGUUUGUAGCUGAUAUAGCGCGCGCUCUGAUUGGCUACUGGAAAGGCGGGAUUUUGCCGUAGUUGCUCACGGGCAUCUCGAGUUAUUGUUUAUGGCCCUACUAAAAAAGGACCAAAAGAUAACUGGAAAAUGUUACGGUUUUAACGAAAGUGCACCAGCUGAAAAAAAAAAAUGAGUGGCAACAAACGCUCUGAGAGUGAAUUAUUAUAUUCCACGUUAAAACGAAGUUUAAUUUGUAACAUGCGACUUCGACCGAUUUGUGGCCCUUAGAUUCCACUAGGAUAAUAUUUCAUUCUCUCAAAAUCAAAUCGCAAAAUUUCGGUUUUGACUUCCAUUUUCAAAAUGAACGAAUUUUUGGACGGAAUAUGAAAAUCAUCUGGUUAAAUAAUGUUGAGCGCUUGGGACAAAAAAGAUGGAACAGAUAUCCAUUGAAAGCUAUUGAAGCGAGAAGAAUUUUAAAAUUGUGAACCGAACCCGGACGUUUAACCAUUCCCGCCUGAAUCAUCUUUAAGGAAACAAUUGCCAUUCGAUAAACUACUUAUUAACCUCGAACGUUCAGUCUUUACGGUAUUGACCGAACGAUGGCGAGGUCAGCACAGCAAGACCGUGGACUACUCUCGGGUAAUAGGUCCUUAUUAUCAUUAUAAAUGAUAUUUAGAACCCCUGGAGCAUUUUGCAUAAGCUUUUACGAUAUUGAUCGAGACUAUGCGCCAGUUAGCAAGUUUAACAAGAAGUAGCUAAUAGGAAAUUGACCAUUAAUCAUCGAAACUGAAAUCCUGCUGGCAGCGUGUUAGUUAAAGGCCGAGCCAUGCGGACUGUACAAUUCAACUUAGCAUAUUACAACAUUCUUGCGCAUUGUUGCAUGCCCCACUACGUUAUGCCACCCUGAUUACCGUAAACUACCUCUAAACCCCCCUCUCCCCGGCUUAAAAAUCUCCCCGGUUAAAGGUUAACCUUCCCGUAAACCUAAAAAUACAUCCAAUUAUAAGCCUUCCCGGUUAUGAACCUUUCCUUGUUCCUUGUUUUGAAUUCGUUUUAUUAUGAUGUUAAAACCUAUUUCGCUCAACAUAUGCAGCUAUAGUUCGUUUCGAAACGGUUCUUUUACUCCGGUUAUAAGCCCCUUCGUCAGUAUAAGACUUAUAAGCCCAUCCAAAACCCCUUACGAAGUUGUAUAAGCCCAGGGCGUCAGUUUAUGGUAUUGCAUUAAAAACUGGAUAGCACUGCGCAAGAUCUGGUGCAAUAAUGUUAACCUCUUAAAACUGUUGCACGACAAAAUGAUCCAGCAACAUCUGACGUAGUGCAACUGAGAGUGAUCAAACGC